CACCAUCUCUGGAUCUGAUGUUCUUGUUGCCGAUUUCAGUUUUAUUCUAGCUGUUUUAGUCAUUAGUAGUUAGAUUGCUAUUGCACUAGUUAUUUAGUUGUCGCAAUUAUGAGAUGUUCUACGAAUCGCGUGUACAUUAAUUGCUAAAUUUAGUUUAUAGGGAGAGAUUUUAAAGUAUGAUUUGUUGUGUGGUUUCUAAAAAAUAGUUGUGGUUUAAGAUGUAUAGAAAAUUUUUCGAGAGAUGGCGGCACUUAUUAUACUUAUUAGUACCUCUUUUAUUGGAUCUCAAGUACAUAGGAGCACAGUUAGAUGAAGAUGAAGAUAUUAGGCGGCCAUGUGCAGAUUUUAAAAUAGGAGACGAUGACUUGGAGGCAUAUGAUUUCAUCCGACGAUUUCGUCUUGAUCUUCUGAACACACCAUAUCCUGGUGUAUCUAGAGUUAGAGGAACCAAUCGUAUGCAAACAGCGUACAGACUUGAUAAAGAAGCAGACCUAACGGUACCAACAAGGAGAAUAUUUCCAUUGGGACUACCGGAUCAGUUUUCAUUUAUUUCGACAUUUAGGACUAAAAAACCACCAAGAGGAGUCUGGCACAUUAUUAGAAUCACAGAUGUGGAAUUCAGACCACAAUUUUUAAUAACUCUAAAUCCAAUUAACCAAACAAUUGAAUUUUCAAUUACAAAUUAUGAAGGAAGAUUACAGACUAUCCAGUUUGAUAAUGCAACUGUUUUUGACAGAAACUGGCACAAAAUUCAUUUUGGGGUCUCAAGAGAUUCUGUUAUGCUUUAUGUGGACUGUCGUAAAAUAUCACAAGAAGCUUUGGAGCCACGAGGUGCUAUCGAUAUAAACGGGAAGGUAUCUCUAUCAAAGUAUGAAAAUAGUACAGAAACAGUUCCAAUUGAUCUUCAAUGGAUGGUAAUGAGUUGUGAUCCCACCAGACCUGUCAGAGAACAUUGUACGGAACUCCCUAAGCCUUCAGUUAUUCCAAUACCAACGCCACCAAAACCAUAUCCAAAGUGUAACGUGGUUUGUCCAAGAGGACCACCAGGGUAUAAUGGAACGGACGGCCUACCAGGUCGAGAAGGCCCCAUAGGAGAACCAGGAUUAGCAGGACGAAGAGGUCUACCAGGUCCUAGAGGUGUAGGUGGCCUACCGGGCAGGCCAGGUUACCCAGGAUCUCCUGGUUUACAAGGUAUGCCUGGUAUAAGAGGACCUCAAGGAAACACUGGCAGUCCUGGAAAACCAGGAAAAGAUGGAACAUCUGGAGUCAAAGGAGACAAAGGGGAUCAAGGUUUUCCUGGACCGAAAGGUGAUCGUGGUGUAGACGGUAGUCCAGGUGCUCCAGGAAUAGAAGGUCCUCGAGGACUUAGGGGUCCUCCCGGGGAAACAGUUACAAACAAUGGCAAGGUUAUUGAAGGACCACAGGGACCUAUUGGACCUAGAGGACCUCAGGGUGUACCAGGACUUGAAGGACCAGUCGGUCCAAGAGGUCCUCCUGGAGAAAGGGGAUUUACAGGACGUAAUGGAACAGAUGGACGACCUGGACUGAGGGGUUAUAAAGGAGAAAGAGGAGAGCAUGGGAUACAAGGGGUACAAGGAUUUCCAGGACCUCCGGGACCUCCAGGACAACCUGGCAGCCAUUCUCAGACAAAAAAUAAUGAACCUACUAUUAUUCAAGGACCUCAAGGCCCUAUAGGACCGCCUGGAUAUCCUGGAGUUCCAGGAUCUGUAGGGCGUAAAGGAGAACAAGGAGAAAGGGGCGAACCCGGACUUAAAGGUACCAAAGGUGAUACUGGAUUACCUGGGGCUCAUGGGUUAGAUGGUGCACGAGGUCCAGAAGGAAAACAUGGACUACAAGGGCCUGAAGGUCUUAGAGGAGAACGGGGUUUCAUAGGACCUCAAGGAUUACCAGGACCACCAGGCCUUAUAGGUGUGCCGGGUCCUUCAGGCGUGCCUGGUCUAGCAGGUACACCAGGAGAAAAAGGUAACCAAGGAGAACCAGGUCCUCCUGGAACUGGAGGAUCGGCUGCCGGUGUUGGUGAGAAGGGAGCACCAGGACCGCCUGGUGAACCCGGGAUCAAUGGAGAAGAUGGAGAAAAGGGAGAAAGAGGUUUUCCAGGACUUCCUGGUCCACCAGGUCUAAUGGGACCUCCAGGCGUACAAGGAUCAGAAGGUUUACCAGGAAAACAUGGAGAGCAGGGGCCACCAGGUCAAAGAGGUGAACAAGGUCCUACAGGAACAACAGGACCUGCUGGUUCUCCAGGUAAAGACGGCGUUAACGGAUUACCAGGGUUAAUAGGAGACAAAGGGGACAAAGGAGAAAUUGGAACACAAGGACCCAUUGGUCCAAGAGGAUAUCCAGGCAAUCCUGGAGCAGCAGGAUUUCCAGGAGUAUCUGGACCUAUAGGCGCACCAGGUUUAGUUGGACAGACAGGUCCGCCAGGAUUACCAGGACCGCCAGGGCGACCAGGAGAGGCACUAGUUGGAAAUAUUAUUGACACUGGUAAAUCACCAGGAAUUCACGGUCCUAGAGGUUUUCCUGGACCUCCAGGAAUUCCUGGCGAAAGAGGUGCAGCUGGGGAAAGAGGACCAGCAGGUCCGUCGGGCGUUCCUGGACUGACGGGGAAAGAAGGUCCCACUGGUUUGCCAGGACCUCCCGGCCAAAGCGGUCAGCCAGGUUUGCCAGGAAUUCAGGGACAACCGGGAAGAAGUUUUACGGAAGCUGAAGUAAGAGAUAUAUGUGCAGCGGUUUUAAGAGAGAGAUACAAAGAACUAAUUUUGGGAUUAAGGGGAGCACCUGGCCCGAGAGGUAUUUUGAAACGUGGAUUUGUAGGAAAACCAGGAGCCCCUGGAAUCCCAGGUGAUUCUGGUCCUCCUGGACUACAAGGGGAGAUGGGUUUCAUGGGACUUCCAGGUCCUUCAGGACCGCCUGGUUCAAUUGGUCUCACAGGAGAACGAGGCGAGAAGGGAGAUAAAGGAUCUGAAGGAGUGGGAGUAGAAGGACCGAUUGGACCAAGGGGUGUGCAAGGUCCAAUGGGAGUUCCUGGAGUUGGGGUUCCAGGACCAAUGGGAGAGAGAGGAGAACCUGGAAGACAAGGUACUCCAGGACUAAGAGGAGCUCCUGGCGCACAAGGUCCUCCAGGCUAUUGCGAGUUCUGCAAUAACUAUAACGCUGCUGCUCAAAACUAUCAAGCCUAUAUGGCUAGUAGGGGCAACAACAAAGGCCCGUAAAUCACCUGUUUGUGUUCAACAAAAAGUAGUAAUUUUAAAGUAGUAAUAUUAAAUAAGAUUUAAGUUUAAGUACAUAUGUAUAUGAAUUAUAUCUUGUAAUAUAUUUUUUUGUAGA